AUGGACAACGCGCGCCGCGACCGCUCGCCCUCGCAGGGCCAUCAGCCUCAUAUAAGCCCGCAUGCCUCUCCGUCGCCCCAUCAGAGCUACCAGAAUCUCGCCGGUCUCGGUCUCGAUGCCAGCUCGCUGACCCCCGACAGCAGCGCCUUCGCGCCCACCUUCGACUCCUCCAACACAGCCCAGGGCUACCUGUCGCCCACCCACCAGCAGCAAUUCGCCAGCCAGCCCGACAUUGCCAACGGCGCCUACCUGCACGGCCAGGGCCUGCCCUCCAACCACCCCAGCCCCCAGUUCGGCGCCCAAGGCAGCAACCUCUACUCUCAGGACCUCUUCGCCCAGAACACCACCGCUGCGGAUUCCCAGGCCUUUGACGCCCAGUUCCUCACGAGCGGCGCCGGCAACCAGGGCUCGUCCAUCGACCCGUCAAUCUUCCUCGAUCCGCAGCUUCAAGAGCAGUCCAUUGAUCCUACCAAUCUCAUGAGCCACCAGAUGUCUACCACCGCGCAUUCCCCCACCCCGCCCCACCUCCUGCAGGCCGACCUGUCGCGCCAUGCCAGCACGAGCCCUCACGCCUCCCCAAACAUGAAUCAGGGUAGCUUCCAUUCGGCGGGUCACUCCAGACAGCAGUCGCUGGACCCCAGCACGGCGUACGGCCACGGUGGCGAUUGGAACGGCAUGGCCUUCAGAGGUCACCGCCGAGCGCCUUCGGACACGUACUCGGACGUGUCCUCGAAUCACCCCUCGCCGUAUUUAGGGAACAAUGACAGCUUUGAUCACGAGAACCCAUCGCCUUUGCUCGGCGCGCAGCAAGAUAACUCCAUGUUCCAGGAGGUCAUGAACUUUGGCCAAUUUUCAUUGUCUGACAAUCCGAGCCAGGCCGGCAUCACACCGGGACACAGCCCACACAUUUCUCCCCGUCUCGCCCCUCAGCAGCAGAACCUCCCUCCAUUCACCGCAUCCAACAAUUACGGCCUCAUUCCCGUAGCGAGCAACCAACCAGCCAAUCAGUCGGGUAUGGACAUGUUUCCUGGAAGCGGCCAGGAACCUUUUCCGGCACUAAACCAAGAGUACGGCGCAUCGGACCAGAUGUCCCCGCCAGAGAUCAACAUUGACUUCGCCCCGCCUUCGAGGCAGCAAAGCUUCGAGCCCCCGAAGCCCGAGGGCUCUGAGAAUGCACUGAGCCCGCCGAACAGGAGUCUGUCACGCAACCGCAUGCGUGCAAGGUCCGAUCCAUUCAGCGGCGCCAGUACGCGCGCAUCGACGCCAGCCAGCGGCAACACGUCUGAUCCGGCCUCAUCGCUGCACCCCAACGCUGCCAAACUCCCGACCUCGCGCUCGUCCUCUCCGCAUGGUCUGAAUCGGGCUUCGCGCCGGUCUUCGACGUCGAGCAUCCCCCAUCGCGACUACAUGCUUGGCCUCGCUGAUCCAAAUCGCCCCAAUCCGAACAACCCUUCCUCUGCCGCAUCUAGCCCUGGCGCUGCUUCCGAUCAACUCAUCACCCCUAGCCCCGGUGGCUCGAAGCGUACCCAGAAACACCCCGCAACCUUUCAAUGUAGCCUUUGUCCCAAGCGUUUCACGCGUGCUUACAAUUUACGCUCCCAUCUUCGCACACAUACAGACGAGCGGCCUUUCGUCUGCAGCGUCUGCGGUAAGGCUUUUGCCCGCCAGCAUGACCGUAAGCGUCACGAGGGUUUGCAUAGCGGCGAGAAGAAGUUUGUUUGCCGCGGCGUCUUGAAAGAUAGCAAUGGCUGGGGUUGCGGUCGCCGGUUUGCGCGUGCAGAUGCUUUAGGUCGACACUUUAGGAGCGAAGCGGGCCGUGUGUGUAUUCGUCCUUUGCUAGAGGAAGAAGCAGCCGAGAAGGGUUGGGAUCUCCCAGGCAUGUCCAGUCCGCCGCAGCAACAGACGUCGCAGUCAAUGGAGCAACUCGACCCUCUCGGAGGGCAAUCCCAAGGGUUAAGCAUGAUGAUGCCCCAGCACCCGCAGGGCUCGCAAUUCAAUCCGUUCGUACAGCAACAGCCCACGGCCAAUUUCAAUCCUGGUAUGGGCGGUAUGAGUUUUGGACUUCCACAAGCGCUGCUGCAGCAAUAUCCCGCUCUUGCAGGCAUUCAGUGGGAGUCGUUGCCUCCAACAAACGGCAACGACGACCUUGUCGAGGAUGAUGCAAUCAGUGGGCGGAGCAGCUUUGACGCAAGCUCAGGCGGCGAGAUGUUUGAUGAGAACGGCGGAUGGGAGCAGACAGUCAGCGACUACGAAGGCAGGUGA